AUGGGCAUUGUUUUACACCUUAGCUACCGCUCAGUGCAGGUGUUUCGUGAUCUAAGCAGUAAGUGGCACCGCUUCCUCCAGUUGUCAAGCACGCUACCUAACCCGCUUACGCCAGUAAGCAUAGCCAAAGCUGCUGGUAUCUCACGCCAAAAUCAAGGCCCGCCUGCAAAAUCUUUGCCAGCACAGCCCGCGCAGGACCAAGCAGAGCCUGCGAUAGUUACUAAUUCAGAAAUUCAAAUUCUGGUUCAAAAGGUGGUUCAAAAAGAGGGACUAAUUACCUUCAAGUCACUGGAGCAGGAAAUUGCCCUGCGCGCUAUCCUGGCUGGAGAGACACCGCUUGUUGUUGUUCUUCCAACAGGUGGCGGGAAGAGUCUUCUCUUUAUGGCGCCUGCGUGCCUCUCGGACCUAGGGGUUACUAUUGUUGUUGUCCCAUUCCGUGAGCUGCUGAAAAACCUGAAAACGCGGUUAGCUGAGGCGAAAAUUCCAGCUACAGAAUGGAUACCUGGACUUUCAGCUAACGGCCUGGCCCCAAUAAUUUUGGUUAGCGCAGACGCUGCUGGGAGCUUUGAGUUUCUUACCUUUGCUACCCUGUUAAUGCAAGGCGGCUGGCUUAGGCGCAUUGUUGUUGAUGAAUGUCACUUGACAUAUACCAGCUCUGACUGGCGCCCAAAAUUAGCCCACCUCGCCCGGCUGCGUGCUAUUAAGGCCCAAUUCAUCUUACUUACCGCUACGCAACCACCUCUACUUGAGUAUGAAUUAGGUGCAGCUAUGGCACUUCGCAGCCCACGAUAUAUUCGCGCCCCUACUCUGCGCCCAAAUAUCCGGUACCUGGUCCAGCGAUGCCAGCCAGGAGGGCUACUCAAGGCAGCCCAGGGAAUCGCUACACGUUGGUUAGCUGGGCUGGCUGGCAAACAGAAGGCAGUUAUUUACGGCAAGUACAAAGAUACCUGUGAAAAGCUGGCCCAACAAUUGAAGUGCAAUUACUACCACGCUGGCCUGGACGCUGAUGACCGUUCAGGGGUUCUGAAAGCCUGGCUCCAACGCGGUGGGCUUAUAACAGCCACGUCAUCUCUUGGUACAGGUGUUGAUUAUCCUGAGAUUGUCAGAGUACUUCACGUGGAUACGCCUUAUGGCGCGAUGGAUUUCGCCUAA